AUGUCAUUCGACGACAUGGACUCUACACUGAAUGUUCAGCAAUACAUUCAACAAACUAUUCAACAGAGUCCUUCUGAUAUUGACUUGAUUCUCACACCACCUCCUGAUCUUGACGAUGGAGUUUGGAAAUACGAACAUCUUCGACAGUUCUGCUUACAGCUUAACGGCUUGGCAUUCAUGUUACAGGAAGAGUGUAGUCCAGAAACCUGUAUACAGAUGACGGCAACUGAACAAUGGAUUUUCCUUUGUGCUGCCCACAAAAAUCCGAAGGAGUGCUCCGCUAUUGAUUAUACAAGGCAUACACUUGAUGGUGCAGCUUCGCUGCUUAAUAGUAACAAAUACUUUCCUAGUAGAAUAAAUAUUAAAGAGUCGUCGUUGUCGAAAUUGGGAUCUGUUUGUCGUCGAGUUUAUCGGAUAUUCUCGCAUGCUUACUUUCAUCAUAGGCAGUUAUUCGAUGAAUUCGAGAAUAGCACUCACCUCUGCAAACGUUUCACAACCUAUGUCACAAAAUACAACCUCAUGGCUCAAGAACAUCUAAUCGUUCCAAUCUUACCAAGUCAACAAUCGUAG